ACCCCCAGAGAGACAAGCUGCUCAGAAAGGGGCAGGGACUUGCCCAGGUUAUGAGAGCCCCCAGCAGUGCCUUUCACAAAGCACUGAGGCUUCCACCCCAUGCCAGGGUCAUGGUCUUUAUUUUCGGGGAAGUCCUGGCCAGAGGGGGCAGCUCUUAGCUGAGGCAGGAGCUGUGGGGCCUCCUCUCUGACCCUGCCUCCAGCUCCUCUCCUGACUUCACGGGUGAGGCACCCAAGACUUUAGGGUCAGGGAGGGGCCCCUCCCCAGUAUCAGCCAGCGUCUGGGACUGGAGUUGGGGUUCAAUGUCUGCAUAGCCCCACCACCCCGAAUCUGAGGCAGAACCUGGCCUCUCUCCCACCCCUGCCCAUCUCUCUUCCCUCCACACAGUGAUCAGCCACACAUGAGGUCAGAUCCUGACCCCAGUGAAGGUCUCUGGGCUUGUUUCCUUGGCUGUAAGCCGAAGACAGUGACAGGUUCUGUCACAAGGUUGUUAGUGUUUGAGGAGCACACAUCUUAGAGCACAGUGCCCGGCCCACGGGAAGCACUUGACCAACACUGGGGGCAGCAGGGCUGAGGACAGCCUCCCCAGGGCACUGCUGCUCCCGCCCGCAGCCUCCCUGCCUGCAAACCGGGCUGCUGCUUGGAGGAGCUGGGAACUCAGAGCCUGACUCUCUGGGUCCAAUUGGAAUUGUCAGCUGAGUGGGGAGGGGUAACCCCCACACCCUUAAGAGACCAGGGCACCUUCCCAUCUUCCAGGGAGAAGUGCACCUGUCUGGCCUGCCUUGUCUCAUCGCCCUUCCCACUUGUGAAGUUGGGGAUGGUGCGGUCCUGCCAUGAGCUCCUACCCCAUCUGGGAGGACUUCAACUCCAAGGCCACGAAGCUGCAUUCUCAGCUGAGAACGACUGUGCUGGCUGCUGUGGCCUUCCUGGAUGCCUUCCAGAAAGUGGCUGAUAUGGCCACCAACACCCGAGGGGCCACGCGGGACAUCGGCUCGGCGCUCACGCGCAUGUGCAUGCGCCACCGCAGCAUCGAGACCAAGCUGCGACAGUUCACCAACGCCCUGCUGGAGAGUCUCAUCAACCCGCUGCAGGAGCGCAUCGAGGACUGGAAGAAGUCAGCCAACCAACUGGACAAAGACCAUGCGAAAGAGUACAAGCGCGCGCGCCACGAGAUCAAGAAGAAGUCGUCGGACACACUGAAGCUGCAGAAGAAGGCGCGCAAAGAGCUACUUGGGAAAGGUGACCUGCAGCCCCAGCUGGACAGCGCCCUGCAGGACGUCAACGACAUGUACCUGCUGCUGGAGGAGACAGAGAAGCAGGCGGUGCGCCGGGCCCUGAUUGAGGAGCGUGGCCGCUUCUGUACCUUCAUCACUUUCCUGCAGCCGGUGGUGAAUGGUGAGCUGACCAUGCUGGGGGAGAUCACCCACCUGCAGGGCAUCGUCGACGACCUGCUGGCACUGAGCGCCGAGCCUCACAAACUGCCCCCCGCCAGCGAGCAGGUGAUCAAAGACCUGAAGGGUUCAGACUACAGCUGGUCCUACCAGACUCCCCCCUCGUCGCCCAGCAGCAGCAGCUCCCGCAAGUCCAGCAUAUGCAGUGCCCCUAGCAGCAGCAGUGCCAAGGGUGGCAGAGCCCCGUGGCCUGGGGGUGCCCAAACAUACUCACCCAGUUCCACCUGUCGCUACCGCAGCCUGGCGCAGCCAGCCUCCACCGCGGCCCGCCUCUCCAGCGUCUCCUCCCAUGACUCUGGCUUCGUCUCCCAGGAUGCCACCUAUUCCAAGCCCCCCUCGCCCAUGCCUUCAGACAUCACCAGCCAGAAGUCCUCCAGCUCCGCGUCCUCCGAGGCCUCAGAGACCUGCCAGUCCGUUAGCGAGUGCAGCUCCCCCACCUCGGACUGGGCCAAGGCCGGCCCUCAUGAGCAGUCUGCUGGCACCAGCCUGCAGCGAAGAAGGGACCGUGUGGAGCUCCUCAGAGACUCAGAGCCCGGCCCCGCUGGCGGGGGCACCGUGGGGCCCGGCGGGGAGGAGGUGCCCCGGGCCAGGAUGUCCCCUGCCACUAUCGCAGCCAAGCACGGUGAGGAGGUGUCCCCCGCGGCCAGUGACCUGGCCAUGGUGCUGACCCGCGGCCUGAGCCUGGAACACCAGAAGAGUAGCCGGGACUCGCUGCAGUACUCCAGCGGCUACAGCACGCAGACCACCACGCCCUCCUGCUCCGAGGACACCAUCCCCUCCCAAGGCUCGGACUACGACUGCUACUCGGUGAACGGGGACGUGGACAGCGAGGGCCCGCCUGAAUUCGACAAGUCGUCCACCAUCCCCCGCAACAGCAACAUCGCCCAGAACUACCGCCGCCUGAUCCAGACCAAGCGCCCGGCCUCCACGGCAGGGCUGCCCACCGCCUCGGGCACCGGCCUGCCCUCCGGGGCACCGCCGGGCGUGGCCACCAUCCGCCGCACGCCCUCCACCAAGCCCACCGUGCGCCGCGCGUUCUCCAGCGCCGGCCCCAUCCCCAUCCGGCCGCCCAUCGUGCCCGUGAAGACGCCCACUGUGCCCGACUCACCUGGCUACGCGGGGCCCACGCGGGCGGGCAGCGAGGAGUGUGUCUUCUACAGCGACGAGGCCGCCUCGCCCCUGGCCGGGGACCUGGCCAAGGCCUCCCCGAAGAGGCUCAGCCUGCCCAACACGGCCUGGGGCAGCCCCACCCCGGAGGCAGGCGGCUACGCGGGGCCGGGGCACGAGGAGGACGACGAGCAGCAGCAGCAGCAGCUGGCCGCCAACCGGCACAGCCUGGUGGAGAAGCUCGGGGAGCUGGUGGCGGGCGCCCACGCGCUGGGCGAGGGCCAGUUCCCCUUCCCCACGGCGCUGGCGGCCACCCCGGCCGAGGAGACCCCCACCCCGCCCCCUGCCGCCACCGGCGACCCUCCGGCUGAAGACAUGCUGGUGGCCAUCCGGCGCGGGGUGCGCCUCCGCAGGACCGUCACCAACGACAGGUCGGCGCCCCGCAUCUUGUGACGGCGCCUCCCCGGCUCUGGCCUCGCUGAGGCCCGUGGCCCAGCGUGCUGGGCGCAGCUCCGACGAAGUCACAGGUGAAACCACUCGAUGGAAUGACACCCAGCUGAGACGCCAGCGGGGAAACAACAGGAAGUGACGUCCUUAACUCGUCGGCCCGCCCGGAGGCGCCUGCGUACGGAACUGGUUUGGAGCCUGUUUUAUACGUUUCUUGCUACUCUCGCCCCUCCUCCCUGGCAGGCCCCACCCGUCCGACAGCGAGCCCCUAGGCGCGACCUACAGCCGAGGGCCCCGAGGCCACCUUCGCACUCUUCGGGCCUGGGGUCCCCAGUGCGUAGCGCCCCAGACUGCCCAGACGGGCCCAGUGGGCGGUGCCUCGCCCCCCACCCAGAAUGCAGACCCCGCCUCCUGCCCCUGACUCCGCCCCUUCUCCCCUCCCCGACCCCCACACUGGAUUGCCGUGGGGUCUAAUCAGUUGAGGUGUCUAACUGGCCCAGAGUGUCCCACAGAUGGCUUGGGGCUUGGGGGAGGUUGAAGUUCGGAGAAGUGGGCCUUGAGCCCCACAUGGAGUCUGGGGAGGUGGCUCAGGGGCCCAGGGAUGGCCCCGCCAGAACCCCUGCGGUGUGGCUGCAGGAUGGGGCCCGCAGAGAUUGGUUCCUGAGGGGCCAAGGGAAGCAGGGUGAGGGGACCAGAAGCCUGGGGUUCACGUGGCCGGCCAGCUGGACUGUACUCAGGUGUCCGGUCUCAUCUGGGCACGUCAGACUUAAACUCUGGUGGCACUUUGAGGUCACAGUUUUAGCCACCUUUGAAGUGGGGGCUGGAGCUGUACAGGGUGGUGUGUGUGUGUGCGUGUGUGUGCACGGUGGGGGGGGUACUUGAUGAACAAAAUAAAAGUGGAGCUGAUUCUGGAGGAGGACGGUGUGUGAGAGCAAGGUGGCGGGCAUGUGUUUUGGGGGUCCAAAGGGGCAGGCAGGAGGAAUGGCCUCUGGCUGAGAAGGCUGGCGGGAGGCAACGUUACUCUCCACGGAGUCUAGCCUGCAGCCCAAGCCGAGGGCCACCAAGCCAGCCUGUCCAGGGGAGGUUGGCUUUGACUCUGUGGCCAGAGGAGAUGCCACCCCAAAUGAUGGCCACCGGAGGCCCAGUCCUGUGCUGGCAGUGGGGGGCAGGGCUCUCCACCUCAGCACUCUGUCUCAGCAGGGCCAGAGCAGGUGAGACUAAGGCCUUGGAGCAGGGGCAGGAGAGCAGGUUUUCCCUGGGCUCAAUAGCACAUUGAGGCUCCCCACCUCGGCUCUUGGGCCGGGCGGGGGGUAGUCAAGGAAGCUCUUGUGGGGGAUGGAUCCCCUGCACCCUGAGGAUGGAAAGCAGGUACAUGGAAGUGAAGGGCAGAGGGCAGCUCCACUGGUGCUUGCCCAUGUGGGGGAAUGGCUUAAGGUUCAGGGGAUGUAAGAAGGGCUGGAGGAGGGCAGGGGGUGCCAUACUAGGGCCUUGCCCAAUCCUUGUGGUAUGUGACAAAUUUGAGGGUCUUGUGAGGAAGAGCUGCCUCCCCCCCACCUCCACCCCACAGGAAGUGGGCACUGCCGACAUCCCUCCCCUGGCUCCAUAGGAGUGUGGGAGCCUGUGGGCUUCCCAGGAAGGGGGCAGGCAUGGCACGGCCCCUCUGCCCUCCCUUUCCCCAAGCACUUAGGCUGUACAUAUUCCACCCCUGUGACCCACCCACUGCCCUCUCCUCACUUAGCGACCACCUGGUAGGCCCAGCCCCUUGGGAUCCGAGCCAAUCAUCCACACCACAGACUUUGGUUUGGGGGGCUUCUUUCCGUUGCUUUUAUUUUCCAUUUUGUACAGAGAUUUUCUUUUCAAGCGCAUCUUUAUCGACUGAAGUAACUUUUCUGGUGCUGUUGUUAACUUGUUCCUUUUCUUAAUUUAUUUUCCCACCCCAGGCCUCCCCUCCUGGUCCCCACUCACCUGUUCCUCUCCCGUCAUCCCACAGAACCAUUUUCUUUGUUUCUUUCUGGCAGAUUUUGGAUAAAUUUCCCUCUCCUCAUCCCCCUCCAUCCCAUCCUUCCCUUGAUUUAAAUAGUCACUGCUACAAGUAACAAAUGCACUGUGAAGCUCCAGUAUUAAUAAAGCUGUACUGUAAUUAA